UUCGGGGACAUCGUGCAGAGUGGAACAUUUUUUCCGAAACCGUCAGUGGGUAGAUUAAUUUUUUUUUAAUUAAUAAAUAAAAGAAUAAUAAAAACCUAAUUCAACUUAUCAUAAUACAAACAAAAUGUCACAGGUUUUUCGUGCCGCUAAUCUUCUAAAAAAUGUUCCCUUGCAUCAAGCACCAAGGAUGGCCUACUUGCACCUCAGCUCCUGUGUGCGUGCCAGCAGCUACUUGAUCGAUUCUCCACAGUUUUCAUUUUUAAAGGAUAUCGGUUUGGAACGAGAAAAUCCUGGAGUCUUUUCAGGUUCCUGGAAAGGUUCGGGAGAAGUUGUGACCUCUAUUGAUCCUGGUACUGGUAAAGCUAUUGCCAGUGUUCGAUCCGGUACCGUUCAAGAGAUGGAAGAAUCGAUUAAAGCAGGAGUUGAUGCCUACAAGGAAUGGUGUCAAGUUCCAGCACCUGUUAGAGGUGAAAUUGUGCGUCAAAUCGGCGAUGAAUUGCGCAAAUACAAAGAACCCUUGGGUAAAUUGGUCAGCUUGGAAGUGGGCAAAAUUUACAGCGAAGGUCAAGGGGAAGUGCAAGAAUUUAUUGACAUUUGCGACUAUGGUGUGGGUUUGUCAAGAAUCUAUGCUGGUCAAAUGAUUAACUCCGAAAGAGCUGAACACACCAUUUUGGAAGCUUGGCGACCACUGGGUUUAGUGGGUGUCAUUUCAGCAUAUAAUUUCCCUAAUGCUGUAUUCGGUUGGAAUGCAGCCAUUGCCUUGACUUGUGGCAAUAGCGUUCUAUGGAAGGGAGCCCCAACCACUGCAUUGGUUUCUGUGGCCACCACCAAAAUUGUGGAAAAUGUCCUCAAACGUAACAACUUGCCUCCAAUCACUACUUUGUGUCAAGGAGGCGCAGAUGUAGGCAAGAAGUUGGUUUCCGACAAACGCGUCAAGCUGGUUUCCUUCACUGGCAGCUGUCAAACUGGUCGUGAUGUUGGUGUCGAAGUCCAAAAACGCUUCGGAAAGGUCAUUUUGGAAUUGGGGGGCAAUAAUGCUUUACUCAUCAACGAAGAUGCCAACCUUAAAAUGGCCUUGGACGCUGCUUUAUUUGGUUGCAUUGGUACCACCGGACAACGUUGUACCACAACUCGACGAAUUAUAGUCCAUGAGAAAUUGUAUGACACAUUUGUGAAGGAGUUGACAGCUAAAUAUAAGCAAGUAUUAUCUCGCAUUGGGCAUCAAUUGGAAGCAAGUACCUUGGUAGGUCCUGUCCAUUCUCAGCAAAAUAUCAAUGGGUAUCAAAACACCAUUGCUGAAGCCGUCAAAUUAGGAGGAAAGGUAGCUUUUGGAGGCAAAGUUAUUCCCAGAGAAGGCUUCUUUGUAGAGCCCACAGUUAUAACAGGACUGGCCCAUGAUUCUCCUGUCGUGCAUCGUGAAACCUUUGCUCCCAUUGUAUAUGUGCUGAAGGCACGCACCAUUGAAGAGGCUAUUGAGUGGAACAAUGAGGUCGAUCAAGGUCUAUCUUCGGCCAUCUUUACCGAGAACAUGUCGAAAGCCUUCAAAUGGAUUGGCGCCCAAGGUUCGGACUGUGGCAUUGUUAACAUCAACACAACCACAAAUGGUGCUGAAAUCGGUGGUGCUUUCGGUGGCGAAAAACAUACCGGCGGUGGCCGUGAGUCUGGCUCAGAUGCCUGGAAACAAUACUGCAAGCGUGCCACCAUCACCGUUAAUCAUUCCGGAGAGCUAGCUUGUGCCCAAGGUGUGGUCUUCAACGUAGAAUAAUUUUAUAGUCAUACUUUCAAUAAAUUUAAGAGUCCCCCUUCGAUUAGGCUUCAAAGAUAACGAUAUUUGUGAGUUAUAAAUGCACGAAAAGAAUUUUAUCUAUUCAAAAUAUUAAUUAUAAACACUUCAUUUCACUUGUAAAUAUACUGAAAAUAAAUGACGAAUUCCAAUAAUAA